GAGCUGACAAAAUGAAAGGCUGUCUGUGCGGUCCUUAUUUCAAGAUUUUCUGCAUCCAUCAACUGCUACUGUCACUGUGCUGAAAGAGGUUCAAUAAGGAGGUGAUUGGGGAAAGAGUCAAGGCAACCAAGGCAGGCUCUGCACCGCCAAGACCCCACUACUUGGGAGGGAAGGCCAUCCUGCCUCGCUCUGUUGCCUCACUCUCUGUCUCAUUCAUUUUUCGAAGCUGCAGAACCGAGCGGGACCCACGCAAUUGCUGCCCUCCGGGGUUCACAGGCGAGGAGGGGACACCAAGGAGUGAGCGUUGUAAGAUCCGGAACGACAGACCUUGUUUGAUGAGGCUCGAGAACGGUUGGUUCACGUAUUUCAUAAGCGACCUAUAUGAAAAUCCAUUCUCAAGAAGACUUGCUCCUCUGUAAUGGAGAAAUACGAAAAAAUUGGAAAGAUUGGAGAAGGCUCCUAUGGGGUAGUAUUCAAGUGCAGAAACAGGGACACGGGUCAGAUCGUGGCCAUCAAGAGGUUUCUGGAAACAGAAGAUGACCCUGUCAUAAAGAAAAUCGCCCUUCGAGAAAUCCGCAUGCUCAAGCAACUCAAACACCCCAACCUUGUCAACCUCCUGGAAGUCUUUCGGAGGAAGCGGAGGCUCCACCUGGUGUUCGAGUACUGCGACCACACGGUGCUUCACGAGCUGGAUAGAUACCAGAGGGGGGUACCAGAGCCUCUUGUGAAGAACAUAACUUGGCAGACACUACAGGCUGUAAAUUUCUGCCAUAAUCACAACUGCAUACACAGAGACGUGAAGCCAGAAAACAUUCUCAUCACCAAACACUCAGUCAUUAAGCUCUGUGACUUUGGGUUUGCUCGGCUUCUCACUGGACCAGGUGACUACUACACAGACUAUGUGGCCACCCGGUGGUACCGCUCACCUGAGCUGCUAGUGGGAGACACGCAGUAUGGUCCCCCAGUAGAUGUCUGGGCAAUUGGCUGUGUGUUUGCUGAGUUGCUGUCCGGGGUACCUCUGUGGCCAGGAAAAUCCGAUGUGGAUCAACUCUAUCUGAUAAGGAAAACCCUGGGGGAUCUCAUUCCCAGGCACCAGCAAGUAUUUAGCAUGAAUCAAUACUUCAGUGGGGUGAAAAUUCCAGACCCUGAAGACAUGGAAACACUUGAGUUGAAGUUUCCAAACAUCUCCUACUCUGCACUGGGCUUCUUAAAGGGCUGCCUCCACAUGGACCCUGCAGAGAGGCUGACAUGUGAACAGCUGUUGCAGCAUCCGUAUUUUGACAGCAUUCGAGAAGUUGGGGAGUUGACAAGACAACAUGACAAACCAGUGAGGAAGACCCUGAGGCAGAGUAGAAAGCACUUGACUGGGCUGCAGUACCUACCUCAGCUAACAAGCAGCAGUAUCCUUCCAGCUCUGGACAGUAAGAAGUACCACUGUAGUACCAAGAAAUUCAACUACCAUUUUCCAAAUAUUUAAGGAGCUGGCAGAGUAAUGAAGAAUUGAUUAAUAAUUUGAAGAAAAAAUGUACACAUUUGACUCCUGUCUUGAACACACAUCAGGAGAAAACACAAACAGGAAGCUGGAGGUCACUGCCAGGAAAUGAAGGGAAAUUCCAGAUCUAGACUUCCAUGGUUGGUGGAGAUGUCCGAGAAGAAAGCAAAAGCUUGGGGUUUCGCUGAGUUGGUGUUUAUCUAAGCAACAGAGCUUAUGGACAGAAGAUAAACUGGAUCUACCGCCCGCAGCCGCAAUAUUAGAUAUGUCAAAGACCUAUGCUUCAGUUUGGUCUCCGCCACAUGCACAAAGUGGAUCAAGAAAUGUCCGUGUACAUUUCUUUAGAUGUGUUGCCUUGAGUCCUAUCUCCUACGGUGUUUGCAAAUCAUAUUUAAGUAUGAUUUUAGUCCCUGAAAUCAAAAUGUUUGAGACUCUAUUUCUUGUUUGCUCUUCCUUGAUUUUUAUGGUUUAAGCAUUUUUUAGAAUUAUCUAACUAAGUUGAUCCAAAUAUCUAGAAUCAUACAGAUUAUCUUAAAACUUAGCAGUUUACUAGGCAGUGGUGGCUCACGCCUUUAAUCCCAGCACUUGGGAGGCAGAGGCAGGCAGAUUUCUGAGUUCAAGGCCAGCCUGGUCUUCAGAGUGAGUUCCAGGACAGCCAGGGCUACACAGAGAAACCCUGUCUCGAAAAACCAAAACAAACAAACAAACAAACAAAAAAACAACUUAGCAGUCUUUAUGCUUUUAUAACCAAUGAGAUCCUUAUACGUCUUACAUAUACUUUUAUCUCUAAGAUCAGGAGAGAAGAGAGCCAGAUUUGCAGGCUUCACAGAAUGUACUGAGUGGACCUGUCAGCCUAAAUGUCAUUAUCACUGCAGUCUUCAGCUCAGACUGAAGACUGUUUAAACAAAACUCACAAUGAUCUGGAUGUAGAUAUGGCUGCUUGUGAACAUUAACUUCGAUCAGGAAACAUAUAAGUUAAUUGAUAUUCUCUCCUGAAAGUAUCUUAUUACAUGUGUAAAUGUCUGUGAGCACAUACACAUUUAUAUGUGUUUGUGUGUGUGUGUGUAUAUACUAACAAAUAUAGAACAACCAAUAAGAAAGUGGUUAAAAAAUAUUGCCAAGCAUUCUUAGUUUUAAACAGUGAGACUUAAAAUUAAAUUACCUUUGAUUUGGUUUAUUACUCCUAAUAGAAAAGUUUUUCUCCCCUGUCCCUGGACACGGGCAAUGCUAGUCCCACGUCAGUUUCUCACUAACAUUUCUGGCUGAUGUGCUGCUGGCUCACAGGAGUUCUCAGGCAUGGCUUUCAAAGCUCUGCUUUAUUGCACCUUCAGAAUGUUUCUUCUGCACUCUCAUUUCCUUCCUGUGUUUACUUCAUGACAUCACUUGCUGCUAUGUAGUUCACUAAAUCCUAUCAUCUGUUCGACAUUCUUGGCUACUCUAAGACAAAUUAAGGCUUCCUAAAUUCAUAUAGUUUCUACCACAGACAUGACAGUGGGUUAAAUGACAGCUCCAGGAUUAUUCAAUUCUUCUUAAAUAGCCAUGAUUUAAAUGACAAGGAAGGAUAUUAACUUCUGAGAAUAAUUAAAAUUGCCUUCCCCCCUUAAAUCAAUAAAAAUAUAUUUGAUGAAAGCGGAUGCCUGUAACUGCCUGUUUUAUCCAGUAGUUUUACAGAAUACAUUAGAGUAGCAAAGUCACUCCAGAUGAAAUCAUGAUGAGUUUGCUGUUGGACCACACAGUACUAAAGAUAGAAGGACGUGUCUUUUACAUGUAUGCUUAUCCUCAAUGGAACCUUCUGCAAACCUCUUCCUGAUCCCUCCUGUGGAGUCACUACACAUCACAUGCAACAGUCUACAGUGUUUUACCUCGUCCUUGUUUUAUUACCAUCUUCUGACUUGUGCUGUAUGUAAUUUGUACUUCCCCAUGAAUUAGGGUGGUUUUCCUUAAGCAUAGCUCUAAAUACAGCUAAUGCUCACUUUUCUGCCUGGAUGCUGCACUGCCAAAGGCCAUUCCUAGUUAGAUUUAUAUUCAGCAACCUGGCAUCCAAACAUAUAUACAGAAACCUACACACCAAACAGCACACAACUAGCAACGAUGGAAUUGCAGCUAUUUCAAGAAAUUAAAGACUAAUCUUUGUCUACUUAUGGCAUUCUUUAUUAGUCUUUUCUAGAUAUAAAAUUCAUUUUUGUAUUUAUAUUUUUAUAUACCUUGAGUUCACAGAAGGUAGAAUUCAAAGUAUUCGAGAGAUAGCAAAAUUAGCUUCUAACAGACAAGCAUUCCUGUUUGAAGCAGAUGGAGAGUAGGGUUGCCUGUUUCCUCUGUUUGUUUUACCAGCAAAACUAGUUGGGUGUAGAUAAGUAUUGCCUUCUGUUUUAACAGCAGGAAGUAGCCCAAAACUUUAAAGUAGGACAAAGCAGCCAGCACCUCUCUUUCUGAGCAAGGGUAUUUUUAAAAGUACGCACUAUUAGGAAUGCAGCUUGAGCAAUCAUGCAAAUCCUGGGAAGUGAUACGGCAGGCAUGCUGUUCUCAACACCACUGACAGCUCUGUACAAUGAAGCCCAUCAGUGAAUCUGUAACUGAGCUUUCAGGUUUUCAUAAUUGUACAUUUACAGUAACAUGCUUCAAUGUGAUGUAAAUUAUUAUAAGAAAGAAUAUUCACAUUGCAGUUUAAAGAACUCUACAUUAACAUCUACAUAUAUGUAUAUUACUGAGAAAUACAUUAGAAUUAAAAUGCUAUGUUGUAUUUUUAAAAAUGAUUCAAUGUACAUAAUUUUUCACAUCCAACUAAAUAACUUUACUGAGUCACUUUUGAUUAUUUAUUCUCUUCCUGACAUCCAUUCUCCACUUGUAAAUCAUUUUCACAGUUCUAUUGGUGAUUAUGUAAUAUUUGUAGCUAUCUAAUAUCAGCAAUUUCAAGUGAUCCUUAAUAGUGAAACCAGACACUUAUUUUACUUCAGGUUUAAUUUUAGUUCCAGAGAAGGCAGUGCUGUCUUAAAGACCUGGGCAAGGUAUUCUUUAUCUUUUAUUCCAGGAAGAUCACUUAAGAACAAAUACCUGAGGUUCCUGCAAAUAGAGAAAAAGCAAUCACUUCACUGUGGCCUUUUAUAGCUUUAAAAAUGAAUUUAGUUUAUAUUAUUAAAAAAAAAACAUGCAGAAGGUGUUUACAAUGGCUCCUCAGAGCAACAGUGGGCGGGGGAAUCACGUUAAAUGAAACUCAUAUAAGACUUUAAAAUUAUAAUUUUUUCUUAUUUCAUUGAUUUUUUUUAGUUUUGUUUUAUUUCUGUAUACAUCUCCUUUGUAUGUAAAAUACUGGUAACAAUGCAAACAAACAAACAACAGCACUCCCAGGGCAGGGGUAAGUUCUUAAAGGUAUUCAAGUUUCUAUUAGAGGAAGUCUUGAAGCCUCAGCUAGUGCUGAGAUGAAUGACUUAGUACUUUUGCUUCUAUGUUUCAAACAUCUCCAGCUGCCUGUGGUACUGAGAUUCUGAUGGAUCCAUUGCAUAUUAAAAUGAAUACACCAAGUAGCCCAGAGUCUGAAUGCUAGGAUGAAUAAAACAAGAUCCAACUAAACU